GUUGUUUCCAGCAACCGUCGUCCUAUGCGCAGCGGCAGUCCAGCUUUGCGGUACAGCUCGGAGGCAUAGACGACUCACGUGAUUUUAUAGAUAGCAGAUAAAAAAAAGUGAUAUCCGUCCAUUUCGAGAGAACCCCACUCCAACUUCCCUCCUUCUUGUUCGCAACUAUCCAACCAUUAUGGUGAAAGCAGUCGUUCUCGGAGCUGCAGGCGGUAUCGGCCAGCCCUUGUCUCUUCUAUUGAAGACUAAUCUUGAGGUGACGGAGCUUGCCCUCUACGAUAUCGUCAAUGCACCUGGUGUUGCUGUCGAUCUCUCUCACAUCGCAACUCCUGCCAAAGUGGAAGGUUUCCUCCCUCCUGACAAUGGCUUGCAGAAGGCCCUUGCUGGUGCAGAAGUCGUCGUCAUCCCUGCUGGUGUCCCCAGGAAACCUGGUAUGACUCGCGAUGACUUGUUCAAGAUCAAUGCUGGCAUCGUGCGAGACCUCGCCACUGCUAUCGCCACCACCGCUCCGAAGGCGUUCGUCCUCGUUAUCUCCAACCCAGUUAACUCCACCGUCCCCAUCGUUGCGGAGGUUUUCAAGCAACACAAGGUCUUUGAUCCCAAGAGACUCUUCGGUGUCACGACGCUUGAUGUCGUUCGUGCUUCUACCUUUGUGGCAGAAGUUCUGGGAGACCGCUCUCUUUCUCCUUCCGUAGCUGUUCCUGUUGUUGGCGGUCACAGUGGAGUCACUAUCGUUCCUCUUCUCUCUCAAUCGUCGCACCCUCUCCCAUCAAACCUUGACACAUCGACUAUUGACAGCCUGGUCAACCGUAUCCAAUUUGGCGGUGAUGAGGUCGUCAAGGCUAAGGAUGGCGCUGGUUCGGCCACCUUGUCCAUGGCGUACGCUGGCGCCGAGUUUACCACCAAAAUCAUUCGCGCUCUCAAGGGCGAAAGGGGCAUUAUCGUUCCAUCAUAUGUCAACCUCACUCAGGAGGGCGGUGAGGCUCUCAAGAAGGAUCUCGGCAAGGAACUUGAUUACUUCUCGGCACCGGUUGAACUUGGGCCGAACGGCGUUGAAAAAAUCAACGGAUUGGGUGCCAUUGCACCAGCAGAACGCGUUCUCAUUGACGCCGCUCUUCCUGAACUUGUUGCCAGCAUUGAGAAGGGUGUUUCUUUCAUUCAGACCCCAAAACUUUAGCCGCACGGUAACUUUGCUACAUAUGUAUGGAGUUAACCAGAGUCCUGUACCCAUAGUCAGAGGAGAGCUGUUUGUUGUUUUCCUCCACAUCGUCGCUGCGAGUCGCGGUCGUUUUGACAGUUCGACUUUGAUGAGUUUGGGUUUUGACCUGAAUUAGCCCACACGUGGUGCUCAACGUCAGCGUCCAACAACCGCUUUACCACACUUUUUUUUAUUCUAGAUACCAGCCUGUUUACAGUUUUUUACUGGCUGGUCAGCGUCCGGCAUCACCAUGGUUAACUAGUCAAUGGUUGUGAAACGGUGUUUAA